UUACGAUGUGGGCCAGCUGCUUUGGUAUUUUUCGUUUUGCUCACCUGCUGUCAUACUUGAAGCGAAAUUUUGAAUAUUUUUAGGAAAAUAAGAAUUACCAGAAGCUAGAAAAUGCCGGAGCCGCGCAGCCCCAUGGCCAGCUUCGCCCAAUCGGUGCAGAAUAUCAUCGAUGGACCAAUUACGUGGUUCCGUGAAACCAUCGUGGAACCAAACCAGGAGAAGUACAACUGGUACCACCAGCGCUUCCAACGUGUGCCGACCAUCGAUCAGUGCUACACGGACGAUGCCGUCUGCCGCUUCGAGGCUGACCAGCAGUUCCGCCGGGAUCGCAUGGUGGACAACGAGAUUGUGAAUAUAUUGCGCCAGCGAUUCGAGGAUUGCACGCUGUACGAGGCGCCCGAUCACAUGAUCAAGUGCAAGCCCAUUCUCGAGCAGUACGAGAAGGCAACCGAGAAUUGGUUCAUCAAAUAUGGCGACUUGGGUGGCUAUGCCAAUGCCAAGACGGCCUACAUGAAGCAAAAGCAUCGUUUGAUCUGGGAGCGCCGCCACGGCCCAGUGGGCAGCGGCAUGAAGGGCGAAGAGCAGGCCGCUCAUUGAGUUUUCUUUUAUUAUCAGCCUCCUCCUUCUGCAUGUUCAGACCGUGCCGAGACGGAACUGAGGUUUUUAAGUUCAAUUUUCCGUGAUUACAAAAUAUACACACCCUGAAAUGGUAAA